CUUUUCUAAUUCCCCUCUUCUGUAGAGUGGUGAGUGAGAGAGAGAGAGAGAGAUCACCGAAAACCAAACUAAAUUCAAUUCAAAAUUCAAAUUCAAAGAAAAUAAAAAAGAAAAAAAAAUGGGGGUUCGAAGAAAAACCCUAAUUCUCGGAUUCUCUAUCGCUCUCUUCUUAGGCGUCGCCGUCUACUUUCGCCUCUGGUCCAUGGAUUCAAGGGACGCCUCUUUCACCGCCGACGAUCGAGAAGUUCUCAGGCGGCAAUUUGAGAGAGCAAAUAUGGAAGCAAUGGAUGAAUCUGCGGGGUGGAGAAUGAAGUUCGAUGGAGAGUACGAGAGGAGUAAGAGGUUGCAAGAGGAGUUGUCUAAGGUCAAGGGAGCUUUGGAAGGUGCCGAGGAUAGGUUAGCCGUGCUGCGAAAGUUCAUUGUUUCAGGAAAAUGUUGACCUGCGGAAGAAAGUAGAAACUUUGACACAAAAGGUUGAUGACAGACAACGACAUUGCAAUUGUAGCCGAACGGCAACCUAAAUUUGACGACGACUUUAUUGUGCGAACUCCGAACUGUGCCUGCCGGUAGCAAUCUUGCUUUGAUGUCUUCCUGCAAGCGGAUGACAUAUCAGCGUCAUUGGAAUUAUGGAAGGAUGAUACUCAAGUUCAGUAGUAGCUCUGAAGAAAACCCUCAUUCUUUCUUUCAUAGUACUGAUCUUACCAAAUUUUUUUGAUGAAAUCAUGUUUUGAGAGGCAGCCUAGCAGUUUUGUCUCUUAUUAUAGAACGAUUGGAAGAAUAUUUGUCCUCUGGGGGGGGAAAUUAUACGUAACACCGGAGGGGGGAAACCAUCUAUUUACUGUU